AUGCUUGCUGUCUUCUUGGGUCUGCAUCUGGGUCUGAUCCCCAUUAUGGCUCAGGAAAAUGAAAUACAGACUGGGGUUGCAGGACAGACAGUGAUCCUGAACUGCAGAGACGUACCUCAUCAUGCAGACGUGACCUGGAAGUACUACAAGCUUGUUAUAAGCUUAAUUUUUUCAAAAGGCAAAGCUGCCAUGACCGAGCGAUCUGAAAUCAACUCCAACAGUAAACAGCUGAAAGUGUGGGGCUUAAAGCUCUCCGACGCUGGUACCUACACCUGUGAAUAUGGCUCUCACGCAGUCAGUAUCUCCCUGCAUGUCUUUCAAUUGACGAUCCUUUCAGACAGGCACUUCCUGCCAAAUGAAGACCUCAAGCUGACUUUAGUGCAAAAUGCACCCCAUUCCCUACCCAGUCUCAAAAUCGCAUUAUUUAACAGUAACAAUAACAUGGUAAGACCAGAACUCUCACAAGACAAGACCCAUCAAAAGUACACACUGACGUUACAGAAACUGAAGGCUAUGGACAGCGGGACCUGGAUGUGUCAUGUCCAUUCGGACUCUCCAUUGAUUAAUCAGAACAUCUCCUUUGAUGUAAAGGUCUUAGGUUUUCAGAAUCCAGACUCAGAAAGAAAGUAUGCAACUGUUGGUAGCACUGUCAUCUUGUCGUGGCAUCUGAACUUUCAGAAGAUAAAAUGGGAAAGAGGUUUCACAGGACAACUGAAUUGGAAACAACAGGCAAAUGCAACCACUCAUAAGCUACUUGAUUUCAACGUCACAGCACAGAGAGAGCAGCAUAAGACCAAAAAAAGGAGCCACUUUUGGUUUGAGAUACUUGAAAGCAAACCUGAAAGCCCCAUAGAGGUGAAACUCCCCAAAGUUCAUUUCAACUCCUCUGGGCAGUACCAGUGCCAGCUGGCAUACGACACAAGAUCCACGCAGAGCGAGAUAGAGCUGGUGGUGAUGAAAGUCUCAGCCAACCCUGUUGGGCCACUUCCCAAAGGGGCCGAGAUGACCUUGACCUGCCAGGUCUCUGGUUCACUCCCAUCCAACACCCGCCUGCGCUGGGAACGUGUGAAUGGGACUCAGAUGGAUGUCAAGGAGUCCAAGCAGCAUGAGUCAAAGGUGGAGGUGAAGGUCAGUUCUGCAGGGCUGUGGAACUGCCACCUCAUAGAAGACAACGACAUGAAGAUCAGCCUGAGUUACCCCGUGGAGGAAGCCUCUGUUUGGAUUAGAUAUGUGAUAACUGGAGCAAGUAUUGGAGGCAGCAUGUUGGUGUUUGGCCUUGCGUGCCUGUGCAUCAUCAGUGGUAUAAGCUGGCAGCGGAGAAGGCAACAAGCGAAAAGGAUGAUACGAGCAAGACAACACUUGCUGGAAAACAAGACGUGCCAGUGUCAACAGUAG